CCUUCAUGCCAACUCGAAUCAGUGUAAAGCAAAAGCACACAGCAUCCUAGUCCUACCUACGAUCUACAGAAUUUUCCGAGCGCACAAGCCGAAGCAAUCAACACCGACGAUGUCGAUCGUGCGGCGGAGCAACGUGUUCGACCCCUUCGCCGACCUCUGGGCGGACCCCUUCGACGCCUUCCGCUCCAUCGUCCCGGCGAUCUCUGGCGGCAGCAGCGAGACGGCCGCGUUCGCCAACGCUCGCGUGGACUGGAAGGAGACCCCCGAGGCGCACGUCUUCAAGGCCGACCUCCCCGGCGUGAAGAAGGAGGAGGUCAAGGUGGAGGUGGAGGACGGCAACGUGCUCGUCGUCAGCGGCGAGCGCACCAAGGAGAAGGAGGACAAGAACGACAAGUGGCACCGCGUGGAGCGCAGCAGCGGCAAGUUCGCGAGGCGCUUCCGGCUGCCGGAGGACUCCAAGGUGGAGGAGGUGAAGGCCGGGCUGGAGAACGGCGUGCUCACCGUCACCGUGCCCAAGGCUGAGGUCAAGAAGCCCGAGGUGAAGGCCAUCGAGAUCUCCGGCUGAGUGAGUAUUCGGGUCGGAGCCAGCCUGGUUCAUGUGUGUGCGAGUUCUGCAGCCUAAAAGUAUGCUACAGUUGUGUCUUUGUUCUCGCCGAGUCUGGUGAGGCAUUUGGUCUCUGUAUUGCGUUUCUUUUCCCUGUUGCGUCUGUACUUGUGUAAUCGCCAACAGAUUUGGCGAUGAAUAAAUGAGAAAUAAAUUGUUCUGAUUUUGAGUGCA